AGAUGUAAAGCCCGUGAUAUAUGACGAGCCAAUUGCUCUCAUAUCGUCGGCAUUAAGAGAUGAGUGUAACUCCGAUUCACAACAUCUCAAUAACAACACAAAUGAUAGCCAAGAAUCUCAUAAUUUUGACACAUCGGGCGUACAAUCCAUUGCCGGCACGAGUCGUUCAAAUCACUUUGGAUUCAAAGAGUCUUAUUCGACACAUUAGAGUCAUUCACGAACAGAAGAGUUGCCACGAGUGUCACCGAUGCGGCCGACAGUUCACGUGGAAGUUCUCAUACCUCAGACAUAUCAAUACCAUCUGUCAACUCAACAACAAAUCCAAACAUUCGUAG